UACUGAGUGGUUAGGCACGCUUUCCUCUCGUCCCCUGGCUGACAGACAUAAUUUUAAUUCUCUGUUUAUAAGGGACGACCACACUGCUUCGAUCUGAAGAGUAAAGCUCAGAGGCUGGACUGGUAAACCUCCCGAGACUGCUGACUCCACCCGGAGCGUUCAGUCUAGUCGUACACACAAUACAGGCUGUGUAACACAUACGAGCGAAUCAGUCGCCAGCGGACUUUGCAACAGUAUUGCUUGUCAGUUUUAUUGCUCAGGAUUGCUUAUUUUAUUUUUUUAUUUUUUUAUUUCACUUACAAAAGCAGGUCAAUGCAAACUGAUGACCAGGUCGGCUCUGACUUGAAAACUUGAAAGAGCUGUCAUCUACCUCACAUGAUUAUGACGGUCUUGUUGGCAUUUUGAAGAAGACUGCAGUCACGGUUGCUAUGGAAAUGACUCUGAGAUCGAUUUGUAAUGUUAAUGUGGCAUUAGCAUUAGGAGGAGACGCCAAGACCAAGGGGACUCUCUGAGCCUUGCAGAAGAAGGAGGGAGAGAGCUGUGUCUGUGGGCUUGACCCCGGGUGUGUCCGAGGCGAUGUUAAGGGACGGCAGGCGCUGUCGCACUGAACGGAGCCUGCACUGUUGAAGAGAGAAAGCCAGGCAGAAUGGCGGUGGCUGGCGCAGAUAAGUUCCACUGGCAGAGCCUGGCACCGCUGCCCAGCGGACGCGUCUACCACUCCCUGGUGGAGGCGGGGGGGCAGCUGUUCGUGGUGGGGGGGUGCGACGAGAGCGGGCGCCCGAGGAGUGCCCUGGAGAGGUAUUGCCCCGAGGUGGACCAGUGGAUCAGCCUGCCUCCCAUGCCUACGCCCCGUGCAGGGGCAGCCACAGCCGUGCUGGGCAAGCGGCUGGUGGUGGUGGGAGGCAUGGGGCCAGACCAGCGCCCCCUCAAGGCCGUAGAGGUGUACAACACAGACGAAGGCAAGUGGAGGAAGAGGAGCUCUCUGAGAGCAGCAGCUAUGGGAAUCUCCGUGACUGUGAAAGACGGCCGGGUGUUUGCAGCAGGAGGGAUGGGGGGGGACCUGUACCCCCAGAACCUCCUCCAGCAGUAUGACCUCCGCAAGGAUGUGUGGGUGACCCUGCCACGCAUGCCAACCCCCCGCUACGACACCACCACCUUCAUCCAGGGCUCCAAGAUCUACGUGCUCGGUGGACGGCAGUCAAAGCGUUCGGUCGGCGCUUUUGAGGCGUUUGACACGGAGAGCCGCUCGUGGGCCCCCCUUCCCAGCAUCCCCAGCAAGAGGGCCUACUCGGGCCUGGUCCUGGACGAGGGGGGGAGUCUGUACUGCCUGGGGGGGCUCCGGCAAGGGGGGGUCCACCAGCGGCCCAAAUUCACCAAGAACAUCAACAUCUUCGACAUCCAGCAAGGACUCUGGCUCAAGGCUGAGCGUUCUCUCUCAAUGAAGACCAAGCGUGCUGACUUUGCGUCAGGCUACCUGUGUGGGAGGGUUAUCGUGGCAGGGGGCCUGGGUAACCAGCCGACUGUGCUGGGCUCUGUGGAAGCUUUUCUUCCUGGGAAGAAGAAAUGGGAACUCCUGCCCUCCCUCCCUACCCCCCGAUGCUCCGCCUCCAGCAUCAUGUUCCACGACCGCCUCCUGGUGGUGGGCGGGGUCAGCCAGGGCCCAAGCUGCGCUGUGGAGGCAUUGAGUGUGCAGGAAGGGGAGGGGCCUUGACCUGCACUGCCCCCCCCCUUCC